CGCAAAUCUGAGAACAGUUAGAGGGAGACAUAGUAGGAGUUAGAUCUCUGCUCAGGAGCUAGAUAGCGGCUGUGUUUGUGAAAAAUAAUAAUAAUUUUAAAAACAAAAAAGAUGCCGGUGGAUAUCGAGCAGUGGACGGGUCCUCUGUCCCUCACUGAGGUGGAGGAAAAGCCGAGCAAAGCCCUGACGGUUAAAUACGGCUCUGUGGAGAUCGACGAGCUGGGGAAAGUGCUGACUCCCACUCAGGUGCAGAAUCGGCCCACGGUGAUCGAGUGGGAAGGCUGCGACUCGAGUAAGAUGUACACUUUGGCCUUGACUGAUCCGGACGCUCCGAGCAGGAAAGACCCUAAAUUCAGAGAAUGGCAUCACUUUCUCGUGGUGAAUAUAAAAGGGAACGACGUCUCCAGCGGGUGUGUGAUGUCCGACUACGUUGGUUCCGGUCCUCCGAAAGGAACUGGCCUCCAUCGUUACGUGUGGUUGGUGUACGAACAGUCGGGAAUAGUGAACUGCACCGAACCCGUCCUGACCAACCGCUGUGGAGACAACCGUGGAAAAUUCAAAAUCCAAAACUUCCGCAAGAAAUACGGCCUCGGCGCUCCAGUGGCCGGCACCUGCUACCAGGCAGAGUGGGACAACUACGUCCCCAAACUUUAUGAGCAGCUGGCGGGGAAAUAAACGGGUGUUUUUGCACUGUCAUCAUCCUGAACACAGCUUUACCACACAAUUAGGAUACUGGAGGUGGGCGAUAUGGCAAAAAUGAAAUUAUUGUGAUAUUCGAAAACAGGGUAUACAGCGACAUUUUGAGCUUUGAUGAUAAAUAGUAACAACAAGAACAGUAAAGCACUUUAAAGCAUUUUCAUUUCAGCAAAUUAUUUAAUAAAGAAAUAAAUAAAUGAAUGUAUCAGUGUAAUGAGCUAACAUCUAAUCAGAUAUUUGUUGCUAUGCAGAUUUAAUUUGACAAUGUGAAGUCAUUAGUUAUUAUUAGGCUCUUUGUGAUUGGUUGAAUUUUCCGUUAUGGAGAAAAUGAUAUGACUGAAAUUUCUAUAUCUCCCACCUCAGAGCAAUCAAUAAAAUUUUGUUAAAUCUGGAGUCUUGCCUUACGUUCAACAUGUUGCACUUAAUGGGAGCAUUUCAAUUUUUCCUUAAUUUAAAAAUCGCUAUAUUAGCUUUGUUCUCCCGUCGACCUUGUUCCUAUGGAGACUGCUUUAAUUUCAUGCACCAUGUUAAUAUAAUGCUCUGUUAAAAUCUUGUUAAAUAAAUAAAAAUGCAUUCAGACA